AUGUCUGCUGGCACCCAAGAUUCGGUCCCCACGUCCGCGGACCCCAAGUCGCAUCGCCCGACCAAGCGACGUGCUCUACUCUCGCCCACAGCCCAGCAAGCGUCCUCGCUGGACGCCCUCUUUGCGAAACCCCCACCACCACCCACAUCCACCUCCCUCACACACUCUUCUGGUGUGUCCGCCCCGCCCGAGAUCGUCAACAAUGUGCAGGGCUCCUCGGCCGGCGCGGGCAGUGGCGAGUUCCAUGUCUACAAGGCGCUGAGGCGGCGGGAGUACGAGAGGACAAAGGCCAUGGACGAAGAGGUCAGGCGCGAGAAGGAGAAUGAGCAGUUUGAAAAGGAGAAGGCGGAGCGGGAAAAACGGGACGAGGAAAAGACAAAGAGGAAUCGGGAGAAGAGAGAAAAGGCCAAAGCAAGGAAGGGAAAAAAGGGCAAGGGGGGAACUGGAGGUGGUGGUGCGGAUCAGGCGCCGCAAGACGCAAAGUCUAACGACGCCAACGGAGCCAAGAUUGUGCCACGGAAGCUCGAGGCUAGAAAUGGAGAGACCGAUGGGAAAGAGUCAGGAGACGGGUCCAAGGAGGGCGAGGAGGGCGAGGAGGGCGCAGAGACAACACAGCCAGACGAAGGUCUGGUCAUCCACGAUGAUGACUAG